CGCCGGGGUGUCCAUGGCCCGCACCCCCAAGCUGCCAGUGCAGCAGUCAGAGUGGCAGCCACAGGCUCAGUCCAUGCCGUGGCCCCUGGACGGUACCGGCGAGGCUGAGCAAGAGGCCUCCGCAUCUCGACACCUAGGAGAGCAGGCACGGAGUAUCACCAGGAUAGAGGACCAUGUUGCGCCGUAAGCCCUCCAACGCCAGCGAGAAGGAGCCUACUCAGAAGAAAAAGCUCUCCCUUCAGCGCUCCAGCAGCUUCAAAGAUUUUGCCAAAUCCAAACCCAGCUCCCCUGUGGUGAGCGAGAAGGAAUUUAAUCUGGAAGAUAAUAUUCCAGAAGAUGAGUCAGGUGUGCCGACCCCAGAGGAUGCCGAGAAGAGCGGCAAGAAGCUGGGGAAGAAGUGGAGAGCGGUGAUUUCCCGAACCAUGAACAGGAAGACGGGCAAGAAGAUGGUGAAGGCCCUGUCAGAGGAGAUGGGAGAUACUCUGGAGGAGGGCUCAGCUUCCCCAACGUCUCCAGACUGCAGCCUGGACAGCCCCGGCCCUGAAAAGAUGGCGCUGGCUUUUUCUGAGCAGGAGGAGCAGGAGCUCCCAGCUCUCAGCCGCCAGACAUCCACAGGCAGUGAACUCUGCAGCCCCAGCCCAGGUUCUGGAAACCUUGGGGAGGAAUCCACUGCACCACAGUACACGGGCCCCUUCUGUGGCCGGGCACGAGUCCACACCGACUUCACUCCCAGCCCCUAUGACCGUGACUCACUGAAGCUGCAGAAAGGAGACGUGAUCCAGAUCGUUGAAAAGCCGCCCGUGGGCACAUGGCUGGGCCUGCUCAACGGCAGGCUGGGCUCUUUCAAGUUCAUCUACGUGGAUGUGCUGCCCGAGGAGGCUGUGGGGCCUGCACGUCCCAGCCGCCGACAGAGCAAGGGCAAGAGGCCCAAGACCAAGACUCUGCAUGAGCUGCUGGAGCGCAUCGGCCUUGAGGAGCACACAUCCACUCUGCUGCUCAACGGCUACCAGACACUGGAGGACUUCAAAGAGCUACGGGAAACACACCUCAAUGAGCUAAACAUCAUGGACCCACAGCAUCGGGCCAAGCUGCUCACGGCCGCCGAGCUGCUGCUGGACUACGACACUGGCAGUGAGGAGGCGGAAGAGGGCACAGAGAGUGGCCAGGAGCCAGCGGUGAGCACAGUGGCAGAGCCCAAGGUGGACAUCCCACGCGACUCUGGCUGCUUCGAGGGCUCUGAGAGCGGGCGUGAUGAGGCAGAGCUGGCGGGCACCGAGGAGCAACUGCAUGGCCUCUCCCUGUCUGGGGCCCCUUGAGGCCGGAGAAGGGAUGGACCCGGCCUCCCGUGGUGGCCCUAGGCUGGAGGACUGGCACUGAUCCUGGCCCUGAUCCCCCAAGGGCCCCUAGGGCAGCAGAGGCUGGCCAGGCCUUACAGAUGCAACUGGAGUGCAUGACAGGCCACACAAGCCUGGUCGCCUCCCUCCACCAGCUACUGACAGCACAGCUCUUCCAGCUGCGGCCAAGGCAAGGGGGAUACCAAGAGGCCACCAAGGCCUCCAAACCCUCCUUGCCUCCACACCAUCUUCCUUUGUCGUGAUGAUCCUGAAAAGGGGGCCAAGUCAGUGGUUCAGGUCCAAUCUCAACACCCUGGGAAAGGUGACCAUUGCAAAGGACUCUAACUGAUCACAGAUGAAUCCAGAUUCUCAAAGGUUUGAAGAAAGCCACAUGUAUCUUUCCUACUUUCCUUCACCUUAAUUUUCUUAUAGGUUUAGCCACUAAAUCAUUGUGCCCCUUCAACCAAGUGCUUUCUUCAGUCUCAGUCUAGGACGGGUCAGGAUAAGAACGUAUAGUUUCUGAGGGCCUUGCUAACUCUGACAUUCUGUGAUGGUUAAAUGUCUGUUGUCCUGUUACUAUGGCCCCGGACACCAGUGGGGUUUACUGGGGGUGCUAGAGGGGCUUUGGGCUCCCAAAUGAAAUGGCUCCUGCUCCUCCAUUCCAUACCUUCUCAUAUAACUCAAGCCAAGUUGCAACUGCCCCAGCUUAAGUCAAUGCCCACACCUCAAUAAGCACCUUCCGAGCCCCUCAAAUGACACUUCCCCAAGGCUGAGCCAGACCUGGCUUCCAAGGACAGACUGGCCCCGCAGAGGUCCAGGCCCAGACCUGGCCUCUCACGUGGCUCCUUAAAAGCAAAGAAAGUGCAAAGCUUAACAUUGUGGAGUCUGCUACUCCAUCUUUACUCUGCUAAGGUUUUGAUGGACCUUGAGCUCCAGAAGGGAGAGAGUGUUGGUAGGGGGCCUCCCUUGACCCCAGUACCAAGUUUGUGCCCAGAAUUCCCAGAGUAACUCUUUCCCAGGGCCCAACUGGCCUGAGGGCAAACAGUGCCCACCAUGUCUUGGACUGCCUGCUUCGCAGACACACUUGGACUCAGAACCAGAAACUCUGGUAGAAGCCAUCUUGGGGGGGGAUAGUUUCAGUGUAAAUAUGAGGGAGGUGGGGGGGGGUGCUUCCAAGGUGGCUCAGUGGUAAAGAAUCUGCCUACCAAUGCAGGAGACACGGGUUUGGUCCCCGGGUUGGGAAGAUCCCCUGGAGAAGGAAAUGGCAACCCACUCCAGUAUUCUUACGUGCAGAAUCCUUUGGACAAAGGAGCUUGGCGGGCUGCAGUCCAUGGGAUCACAUGACUAAGCAUGUGUGCAUGAGGGUGGAGGGUGACAGGUUGGUAGUAAUAAACUGAUAGAACUAAA